UAAUUACAAAAAGAGCCCCUUUUUUCUUUCCUCCACGAUCAGCGAGCGACAAGGUCGACGAAUACGAUCUUUCUUCUAACACUGUUCCUAACAAAAAUCAAAUUUUUUUUUUCAAUUUUCUCCAAAGCUAUCAUCUGUCUAGUAUCCAAAUCUAUCUCAGUGAUUUAAUUGUAAAGAAGUCGCCUCUUAUUAUAGUCUCUCCAGAGGCCCAGGUGUUUAUCCCAUUAACCCCACUUGAUCAAUUCUGAGUCUCUGAUCCGGAUUUCAUCUUCUCGGGAUCUGGUAGUUUUGAAAGAUGGCUGGCCAAAACGCGCGUUUGAAUGUGGUUCCCACUGUUACAAUGCUUGGGGUUAUGAAAGCUCGUCUUGUUGGAGCCACAAGAGGCCAUGCUCUCCUCAAGAAGAAGAGUGAUGCUUUGACUGUUCAGUUUAGGGCACUUCUUAAGAAAAUCGUUACUGCAAAGGAAUCCAUGGGAGAUAUGAUGAAGACAUCCUCUUUUGCUCUUACUGAAGUAAAGUAUGUUGCUGGCGAGAACGUCAAACAUGUUGUCCUCGAGAACGUUAAAGAAGCUACGUUGAAGGUUCGUUCUCGGACAGAGAAUAUUGCUGGUGUGAAGCUUCCCAAGUUUGAUCACUUCUCUGAAGGCGAGACCAAGAAUGACUUGACCGGUUUAGCUAGAGGUGGUCAACAGGUCCAAGCUUGCCGUGUGGCUUAUGUGAAAGCCAUUGAAGUUCUAGUUGAGCUUGCUUCCCUCCAGACUUCUUUCUUGACGCUUGAUGAAGCUAUCAAGACAACUAAUCGCAGGGUCAACGCUUUGGAGAAUGUGGUGAAGCCGAAGCUGGAGAAUACAAUCAGUUACAUCAAGGGAGAGCUUGAUGAGCUCGAGAGAGAGGAUUUCUUCAGGUUGAAGAAGAUUCAGGGAUACAAGAGGAGGGAAGUCGAACGACAGGCGGCUAAUGCUAAAGAGUUUGCUGAGGAGAUGGUUCUUGAAGGAAUCUCUAUGCAGAGAGGGAUUUCGAUUAACGCUGCUCGUGACUUUCUCGCUGGUGGUGCAGAGAAGGAUACAGACAUUAUUUUCUAAGGUGUGGGCUCUCUCGGUCCCUUUUGUGAUUGCUCGGUUUCUGUUCUCGCUGUCAUGCCUUUAUUAUUACUCUCUUCAUCGUAUUUAUGUUUUCGAAAUAAAAUGGAUUUGAUGUAGAUGACUUAUUUGUAUCAUCUUGGAUUGUGCUUUGCUACAAUUUUCCUCAAGAGAUUUGUGAUUGUUACUGUUUUGGGUAAUGAUAAUUCCCCUGUUUUAAGACCAA